GCUCCCUCCUCCGCCCCCCUCACUCCCCGAGGGCACCACGUGGGUGGAGUCGGACGGUGCCGGCGGUGGUGCGGCCAGCUCAGGCGCUACGUCACUGGGUCCUUGGUGACUUUCAGCCCCGGAGCUGGGCAGCUGGAGGCUGGCUGGGCAGCUCUGCGCGGGGGAAGGACGUGUGUUUAUACACUGGCGGCCAUGGGGAGCGUCCGGGGCCUGUGCCUGGCGGCGGGAAACUGUCUGAGAUUAUGUGAAAGAGAAGUUUUCCCUUCUCUUAGGCUAGCCAGAAAAGGAGAUUUGAAGAUGAUGAAAGGAUUUUGUACAAAACCACAGGAAAAUUCAAAAGCACCAUCUCGGACUUCAGCGGUUUAUAAAUGUAGAGUGCCAUUACAUAAACCCACUGCCUGGGAAAAGAAGUUAAUUGUCUGGUCAGGCCGUUUCAAAAGAGAAGAUGAAAUCCCAGAGACAAUCUCGUUGGAGAUGCUUGAUGCUGCCAAGAACAGGGUCCGGAUAAAGAUCAGCUACAUCAUGAUUGCCCUGACUGUAAUGGGAUGCAUACUUAUGAUUUUUCAGGGAAAACAGGCUGCCAAAAGACAUGAGACCCUGACAAACAUGAACUUAGAAAAGAAAGCUCGUUUGAGAAAGGAAGCAGAAGAAGCCCUGGAGUCCAAAACUGAGUAGAGUUACAAGCAUGAAAUGGCUAGAUGGGCAUUUAAAACUCAGGCAGGCACAUGCCUCCCUGGCAGAGGAUGUAUUGUGGGGAAACUAUUGCAUAAAAGUGUGACUUGUACCAAUGCCCUUUUGCUGUAUUGUGUAGUAGCAUCAAUAAACUAUCUCUACAGAACAGCUUGUUUAGUUUUUCACAACUGAUCAGAGUUUGAAUCAAACACAGCUCUUGGCCAUUUGAAAAACCAGAACAAUAAAAGUGGCAUAAUUUAGCUCAAAUGCUCAUUGUUCAGAGUUCUGGAGGAUUUCUCAUGUAUUUCCACACUGCUAAAGUGUUUUGUUCAAGGACAUAGGUAUUAUUUUUCUUUCAUACCCCAUAAAAAUAUUUUAUUACAGUUUUUAAUGAAAAAUCUGUGUGGCCCACUCUGUUUAUUUACCACUUUUUUAGGUACUCAGCAACAUAGCCCAGAGAGAGCUAGAUGAGGACCAGCUGAGGGUCUUGUCGUGAAAGUAAUGAUAAAAAAUUUCACAACUCAGCUUUUUUGCAAAGUCAGAACAGGAGUCAGGCUUGUAACCUAAGCACAAGAUGUGGUAUCUGCUUUAUACCCAAGCUGCUUGAGGAGCCUAGAAUUAGAGUAGUGAGGAAAGGCAGGGCCUCAGGCAUGUGAUGAUGUGACUGCAGAAUUUGUAGAGAGACUUAGUUGUCAGUGACCAACCCACUCAUCAUCAUCCUUUGGAAAGUCUGCCACAGAGACAACUGUAUACCUUCAUUUUCCUAGUGUGGGAGCUCCCUCUGUUACUUCCUGAGUAUGGAAGGACAUAGCUAGUGGAUAGGCCUCAAGGAAAGAAUGGCUGAAACCAAGCCUUCUCUCCAUUGGUGAGCUGCAGCUGAUUCCCCACUACUCUGUAACUUCCAGGACCAUCAAAGAGCUUGGGUGCAAGGCACAUACCACUUCUGAGGCUUAAGUUGCAUGCCUGACUCUUACCUGUUUCCUUGUGCAAAAAAAAAAAUCAUUUGUGAAAUGUUUUCAUAAUUACCUUCUGGUUUAAAUAAAUGGAUUAACAGAAGUUUUUGCACUCUUCUUUUUCACACAUGUAGAAUUUCACUUAAGGUACAAUUAUCUGUUAAACAUAGGUACGUGUGAUUUCUGUUUUGAACAUUUGCUAUUUAUUCUCACAUCCUGAAUAUUAAUGGGAGGAUAACCUUUAAUUGUCACCCUAAAACUCAGUUUUUCCUCACAAAGAUUAUAACUGAAACCGUAAUUAUUUUGUAUUACUAUCUUAUAACUGAGAUAUUUAGUUAAGAUUACACAUGAUACAUUAAUAGCAUCAGAGAUGCAUAUUUCUUUUCUGUUGAGUCCUGUUUGUUUGUUUUUAAUGUAGUUUGACUGAUUUUUUGCUAUACUAAAUAUGAAAACUAUUUUACCUUUGGCAUUCAAGUUUUACUGGCACUACUUAUAUAUAUUUAUAGAUUAGGAUGUUGCUGUCUUAAAUGAUAAGAAAAUAUUUCUUGAUAGAAGGCUACCAUUUAAAGUUCUUGGAUCACAUUAUAUCUUUAUCUGGGCAAUACAUUUCUUGAAAUAAAUUUAUUCUUUAAACUAAA